GUGGGCACAGGUGGGUGGCACUGGUGGGCACAGGUGGGUGCACUGCUGGGCACAGGUGGGUGCACUGCUGGGCACAGGUGGGUGCACUGGUGGGCACAGGUGGGUGCACUGGUGGGCACAGGUGGGUGCACUGCUGGGCACAGGUGGGCGCACUGCUGGGCACAGGUGGGCGGAACUUGCGGGUGGCACUGCUGGGCACCGAUCAUCAGGGCACUGAUCAUCAGUGCCCUGAUGAUCGGUGCCGAUCCCCGCUCUGACAACUGCCGGUUCUCGGCAGUACUUUCCUCACGAUCUGACAGCGUGAGGAAAGUGCAGCCGAGAACCGGCACUUGC